UGCCUGCCCUGCGCCCUCCCUACACCCGGGUAUCAGGCGAGAGGCGGAGCUGGCCCGGCGUGCGCCGCCCCCACUGUAGAAAGGGCUGAGAGUUACUCGCGGUCAACCCGAGCUCGGGCCUUUUAUCUCGGCGCUGCCGGGGAGGCGGGAGGAGGAGACACCGGGGGUGGCCCUGAGGUCCGGCGACACAUUUCCGGGACUCUAUAAAUUGAGCACCUGGGAUGGGUAGAGGGCCGACGCCGCCGCCGCCACCACCCGCAGUCACAGUCCGGCCACUGACCACAGCAGCGCCCGCAGGCAGCAGCCGCCAGCAGCGGGAACAUUGAGCUACCUAGCAGCAGAAGAUUUCGAGGCGCCAGAGGAGGCCAGGGCGCGACCCAUACCAACGCGCGGUUAUCGCGAGCUUCCGGACGCCCAAGCCAGGAGAAGUCGCGCAUCUCGCAGGGCCGGGCUGCGAGCGAGACGAGAGUUGGAGAGGGCGGAGGAGGAGCCGGGAAUCCCGUGGCACCAGCUGAAGCAGGCCCCCGGCAAGGGCUUCAGAGAGCGCGUGAAGGCGGGCAGCCCCUCGCCCCAGCCGGCCAUCCCGUGCCCCUGCGUCCUAGGGCUUCGGCGCCCGCGCGGCCACCAUGAUGCAAAUUUGCGACACCUACAACCAGAAGCACUCGCUCUUUAACGCCAUGAAUCGCUUCAUUGGCGCCGUGAACAACAUGGACCAGACGGUGAUGGUGCCCAGCCUGCUGCGCGACGUGCCCCUGGCCGAGCCUGGGCUGGACAACGACGUCGGCGUGGAGGUAGGCGGCAGUGGUGACUGCCUGCAGGAGCGCACGCCCCCGGCCCCCGGCCAGAGCAGCGCCAACGGCAGCUUUUUCGCGCCCUCCCGGGACAUGUACAGCCACUACGUGCUGCUCAAGUCCAUCCGUAACGACAUCGAGUGGGGGGUCCUGCACCAGCCGCCGCCGCCAGUGGGGAGCGAGGAGGGAAGCUCCUGGAAGUCCAAGGACAUCCUGGUGGACCUGAGCCACCUGGAGGGCGCGGACGCCGGCGAGGAGGACCUGGAACAGCAGUUCCACUACCACCUGCGCGGGCUGCACACUGUGCUCUCCAAACUCACGCGCAAAGCCAACAUCCUCACCAACAGAUACAAGCAGGAGAUCGGCUUCAGCAAUUGGGGCCACUGAGGCGGGUCGCCCGCGGCUGCCCAGCACCCUUCCCGGCUCCAUCUUUCACCCUCUCUUUUUCCUCAAAGCUAUUUUCUUUCUGGCUGCAGGGCGCGAUGGGCGGACAGCAAAGUUGGGGGGCUGCGUACGUGCAGGGGACGCGGCGGGGUUGCAUGGAGAAGGGGGGUUCUUCUGGGAGAGGAGAGGCAAGUGGUGGCGAAAGGGGGGGGUGCUCAAGGACGUCCCUCUCUCCCGAGGUGGGGGUGGGGAGGGGGCUGUGUUCGACUUUGGUGGAAUGGGACUGAGUUGACGCCCUGCAUUCAGUCUGUGCCUUUCCAGGAGUUUCUUUUCUGUUCUUUCCGGAGGAGAGGGGCCGAGAAAGGGCCAUUCCGGGGCGCGGCGCUGGGUUG